ACCACACUACACAUGACUAGUGCAUUCAUCCUAGGUUCGACCGGAUUGGUUGGUCUACAAAUUCUCAAACAUUCUGCGACAGUUUUUGCUAAGGUAACCACAGUUAGCCGCAGACAACCCCAGGCAAGCUUUCCAGAAUUAGAUGCCAUUGUUGAACCUGACACCUCCAAAUGGCCAUCGGUCAUUUCAGAACUGGAUUCAACCGUUUACUUCUCGGCUUUUGGAACUAAUAGGGCAGCAGCAGGUUCUGGAGAAAAGUUCAAAGAGAUAGAUUAUGGGAUAAAUUACGAGUGCGCUAAGGCUGCUAAGCAGAAGGGAAUGAAAACCUGUGUAUUGAUUUCAUCAACAGGAGCAAGUGCUUCCUCACCAUUUCUAUACUUUCAAACCAAGGGCCAGUUGGAAAAAGAUAUAAUCGAUUUGAAAUUUGAAAGAACCAUUAUCUUACGCCCUGGAAUGUUACUAGGAGAAAGAGAUAAACCAAAAGGUUUGUUCAACGAUUUCUUGGUAGCAACUUUGAAGUAUACACAUGGAAACUUCUUAUCUCGCUUUUCUUAUGCUAUAUAUGGGGAAGAAUUGGGUAUGAUUGCUGUUCUGUUGGCAAAUGAGGAAUACGAUGCUUCCAAUGGUCCAAUAGUCAAGAUUCUAGGAGGAUUUGAGUUGACAGAAUUGGCUAAGAAAUUGCAUAACAAUAACCCAUGAAUUGAACCAAGCUUUCUAUGUUUAUUUUUCUUGAAUACAUGUAUCGUUUCAGCUACAAGCAGUACUCGUAUCUUGUUUACAUGUUUAUCAGAUCUCUUCGUAGAACAGAUUAGUCUUGACGUCCUGCCACUGACAAACACUUUAGAAGUCAUCUAUAGAGUCAAGGUGCAUUCAAAAAUUAUAGCUAGGUUGUCAAAGCAUCCAAUUUGUUGUAAAAUAAACGCUUAGGGUUGAGUCACCAUCGCAUCAACAACUUAGAAAACCAUUAUUCAUCAUGUCUCAAAGUUAAAUUGUCACAUGAUAAUAUAGUAGCACACACAACUGCUUUGACGAUAAGUUUACAUAGGAUAAGAUGAUCUCACACGCAACAUUAAUGCUUCAUAAAAAAUGAGAUAAGUUCUCCAUUAGACGAGGUCUAGAAAAGUUAUCUAUAAGUAAACCUGUUUUAUUCUUAUUUUUAAAUCAACUUGAUAUAUUUUUUAACCAAUUAAUUAUUCAUAAAAACGUCCGAUAAAAAGGAACUUGACCCAAGGAAAUUAUUAUUUCCAAAAGAGAUAACCUGGAACAACAUAGCCCAAUUACAACCAGUUAUGAAAGAGCCAAGAAUAUCAUAAUCCAAACACAAAACAUCAAGAAAUUGUGCCAAGGAAAUCAAAGAAAGUCAAAGUAAGAAAAUACUUGCAAUUAGUAGUUGGGUGAUUCGAAAUUCUCUAUACUAGCAGGUAAAACGAAAACCAUGAUCCAUAUAGACGGAAAACCCCUUACUAGGCGUUAAAAAAAGGGAUACCAUAUCGAUCAUCUUCUGAAGCUCGACAAACAGAACGAAAUAAAAGUG